GAGUUCUUCAAAAUGGCUCGAGAACUCAGCGCCUCUCAUGGUGUUGAGAUUGCUAGCGUCUUCUAUAGUGAUUACCACAAAAAACCUCUGGUAUAUCCAAAUCAUGUUGUUGCUAUCAAAACCUUUGAAAAAUUUAGAAAGUUGUCUAUGCAAGAGAAAUUCAAAACCAUGGUGACACAAUUAGAAGUCAUCCAACAAUUAAAAACUGAGAAGUUGGAAGAACUUCAGAAGCUAAGGGAGAAGAACAAACGCAAGGAGCUGACAAUUAAGCUGGAUAAAAUGAAAAUAGAAGAUUUUUCUGUUGACAUGAUAAACCUUGAAGAUCUCAACGAUUGGAUCUAUGUGAUGAGAGAAUAUCUCAAAGAAAUAAAAGAAAUAAUGAAAGCAAGGGUUGACAAAGAGGAUUUUGAAAUGACAAAUCAUAAUGUUACGGUGGCUGUUGCUGCACCAAUCCGAACUGUUGUACCACCAGCAGAGAAACCGAGAAAAUUCUCUUGUACAUUUACCAAUGAAGUAACUCCGAUGCCUGUAGCUGAAAUGCCAGACAGAGAAAAAUUCAUGAUUAUUAAAGCAUGGAAACAAGCAGACUUCCUAUGUAAGGGCUACAUUCUUAAUGUUUUAGAGCAUGACUUAUAUAAUGUCUAUAGUGCAAUGACAACUUCGAAAGAAUUGUGGGAUGCACUUGAGAAGAAAUAUAAGACAGAAGAUGCAUGCUUGAAAAAGUUUGUGGUCGCAAAGUUUUUAGACUAUAAAAUGUUAGAUAGUAAAACUGUUGGAUCACAAGUGCAGGAACUUCAACUUAGUUUCCAUGAUCUGAUUGCUGAUGAUAUGGUAGUAAAUGAAGCUUUUCAAAUGGUUGCAAUGAUCGAGAAGUUACCUUCUUCGUGUAACGACUUCAAGAAUUAUUUAAAGCACAAACGUAAGGAAAUGAAGCUUGAAGAUCUUGUGAUUCGGCUCAAGAUUGAGGAAGAUAACAAACCGCCGAAAAGAAGUCUCAUAAGAAAGCUCCUACCAAAGGCAAGAAGAGAAAGAAGUCUAACGGACAUAAGUCAGAACAGGCCAAGAAGAAAUUCAAGGGCAAUUGUUACAACUGUGGACAAAGACAAAGACAAAGACAAAGGCAAAAGUCAAGCAAACAUCAUGAAAGAGAUGGAAAAUGCAGAUGACCUCUGUGCAAUAAUCUCGGAGUGUAACUUAGUUGAAAAUCUCAAGGAGUGGUUUCUCGACUCAGGUGUAACUCGACAUAUUUGCUCUGCGAAAGAAGCCUUUGCAACGUACAGUCCUGCUGAGUUUGAUGAAGAUUUGUUCUUGGGGAAUACAACAACAAGGAUUGUAGGAACUGGGAAAGUAAUGUUGAAAAAGACAUCCGGCAAGGUGUUGAUUUUGAACAACGUUCUGCACGUUUCUACUAUUAGGAAGAAUUUAGUUUAUGUUGCACUGCUCGUUAAGAACGGGUUUAAUAAGGAUGAAACAAUUGAUGCAUUUAAGCAAUACAAAAAUGAAGUGGAAAAACAAUUGAAUCUAAAGAUAAAAAUGAUUCGGAGUGAUAGGGAUGGAGAAUACGAAUCUCCUUUUGCUGAGAUAUGUUUGGAAUAUGUCAAAUGGUUUGGCAAAAAGGAACAACAAAACAUUAAAGGAAAUGAUGAAUGUCUUGAUAAUCAGUUCUGGUUCACCAAGAAAUCUAUGAGGGGAAGACAUCCUUACAGCUAA